AAAUUUCUUCGUCCAUUCGAGUUUCGACUACAGCUAUUCUUUAUGAGCUAGACAUUUACUUAUUAUAGUUCAGCCAUUGCUGAAGGAACUCGCAGCAGCCAGCAAGCAAUCAGCAAUGGCGGAUAUACCUCAAAUUGCGCCUUUUGACCCAACAAAAAAGAAGAAGAAGAAGAAGAAGAAGAAGAAGCAGGUUGUCAUUCAGCAUCUCGUGGAUGAUUCUCCGCAUAGUUCAGCAGGGAGAGAAGAUAUGUUACCAUUGAUUGAAGGGGGAGGAAACGUCUUGCUUGGCUUGACAAACAAGAAAAAAUCAGUAGAAAGUAGUACAUCUAUUGAGUACAAUACCGAUGCUGCAGGAGAUAUGCAUGAUAGCAGUGAAGAGGAAGAGGACGAAGAUCGUGUUCAACAGUCUAGGUAUCCAUGGGGUGGAAGUGAACGUUACGAGUAUAAAGAGUUGCUGCAGAGAGUGCUUAGUUUUAUGCAUGAAUAUAAUCCUCAACUUGCUGAAGAUAAGCGAAGAUCAGUUUUGAGGCCACCACUAGUUCUCCCAGAAGGCACUAUGAAGACAGUCUUUGUUAAUUUCACGGAUCUUUGUAUAAUUAUGCAUAGACAGCCAGAGCAAGUGAUGAGCUUCAUGCUAACCAAACUGGGCACUAGUGGAUCAUUGGAUGAAGAGAAUAGAUUGGUUAUUAGAGGAAGGUUUUCUCCCCAAAGUAUAGAAGUUUUAUUGCAGAUAUAUAUCAGUGAGUACAUCAAAUUAUUUAUAAAUGAUUGUGAGCAAUGAACAUAUAUUGGCUUUACAUGUCUGUUUUUCUUUGCUGUAGUCUAUGGAUGCAUUGUUGAUGCAGUCUUGCUUUGUUUACAGAUGAAUAUGUCCUUUGUAAUAUAUGUCGAAGUCCAGACACAAUUCUUUCAAAACAAAACCACAAUUUUCUUCUCCAGUGUGAACUGGUAACGAUUAUUCUGUCACUAACACGCAGGCCCGUCCUGAGCCAGGGCAAGAGGGGCGGCCGCCCUGGGCCCGGGGAUGACAGGUCAUUCAUUACUGAUUUCCAGCCACUAACACUUGAAAAAUUAAUCUCAUGAAAUUAAACAAGAACAAGUGAACACAAAUAUGCGCAUCUACAAAAUGUAACAUAAAUUUUCUUAUCAUUUACUUGCAUGAAACAAAGAUGAGAUAAGAAGUUAAACCAGAAACUCGAGUCAUAAGUUUAUAACAUGUAAAUUAUCACUAAAAACAUGAGAUAGCAUGUAUGAGAAAGAAAAAAUAAGUUGAAUUCAUGAAACAAAUAGCAUAAAACCAAUCGCAUGAAUAAUCACAUGAAGUAGAUCUCAAAAAUCGCAA